AUGAACCCCCCAGCCGGCAGCAAUCCCAACUCUGCCACUUCGCUGCCUCAGAAACGGGCACUCGAAGACGACCAUGUGCCUGCCGUCUCGUCGCCAUUGAACCCGAACCCAGAACCCAAACUUGCCAAGACGCAAUCCCAUGAUGACAUACCAGCCAUGGCCCGAGAGAAGCGUGCCAAGAAGGAGUCGCUCAAGAAGCGCGAGAGCAAGGGCGUCACCAUCGCCGAGCCCGGGAGCUCGAGAGCCACACCAGAGCCCAGAGGCAGGAGCAGCAAGGAGGCACCCCCGAACGAGUCGUCGCCUCUGCGCUACAAGCUAGCACCGCCAAAGCCGUCCGACUUUGAGCCGGCUCGGGGCCCUGUCUUCACACAUCACCACAAUGUGCCCGCACCGGACGGGUCUGCGAUCGAGUUCCACGAGAUCUCGGAGCAUGUCUACAAUAAGAAGAACUUCCACUACCUGCAUUGCAUAGCUGAUCCGGCUUUCCCUUCAUCCUUCUACUAUCGUCAAACGGAGCCCGAACCGUGUGGCGCGCACAUCAGCUUCGAGGAUGCCGCAACACACAUGUUUCUCGACCAGUCGGGGAGGCAUAUCACCACAGACAAGGGAUAUCGAAUGGCGAGAGCGAACGUGGCCGUACGGCAAGGCAGGUGGUAUUGGGAGUGCAAGAUCACCAGAGGCACAUUGAAGAGGGCCGAAGGUGCAAAAGUCGAGUCACAUGGGCACGUACGUCUGGGGUUUGCUAGACGAGAAGCUUCCUUGGAUGCCCCUGUCGGCUUUGAUGCCUACAGCUACGGCAUCCGAGACGUCGAGGGCGAGAAGGUGCACAUGUCGCGCCCGAAAGCCUUCUUUCCACCAGGCGAGGACAUUGCAGAAGGCGACGUCAUCGGACUGGAGAUACAGCUGCCUUCGGAGCAGCUGCAUCGCAAGGUUGUCCAGGGUCAAUACAACCCAGCAGUGGAUCUUACAGACGACGAUGGGCCCACAGCCGAGGGACCAAACAUUGUGCGCGAUCGCAUCCCCAUCCGCUUCAAAGCACACAUCUACUUCGAGAAGAUCGACUACCACAGCACGAAAGAGCUCGAGGACCUCAUGAAUCCAUCGCCGGUUGGCGCAUCUGGUUCGGCUAACAAUUCGUCGGACACGCCAAAUCCUCUACACCCCGUGCCCGCACUGCGCACACUCCCGAACUCGUCCAUCAAAAUCUACAAGAACGGCGUCCUAAUGGGCACACCCUUUACGAAUCUUCUCGCCUUCUUACCGCCGGCGUCAAAGCCACAAGCUCAAGUUGGCGCCCGAGACGGUCUCGACGACGGCAUGCUCGGGUACUACCCUGCCAUCAGUGUCUUUAGAGGCGGCGCAGCAGAGGUUAACUUUGGGCCUGACUUCUGGUACCCUCCCCCUGGCUACUCGCCCUCAUCGGGGCCCAACAACGAAGAUGUGGAGAUGACGGAUGACUCGGGUAAAGUGGCCGACAAUGGACCCGCCUCCCGGGACAAGCUCCAGCCCAUCGAGGACCGCUAUACCGAGCAGAUUGUCGAGGACAUCGUGGCGGAUAUCGUGGACGAGGUCGACUUCUGGAUGCAGGACGGCGCCAAGGUCAUUGACCGGACGGGUGGCCGCGACGAGAAGGCCGACGUCAGCGUGGACAUUGCGCCGGGCAGAGAGGAGAUCAAAGAGCUGGUACAGGAUGAUUAG